AUGAAGUUUACUUCUACAUUAAUCGCUGCUUUUGGUUUUACCGCCGUUGCUAAUUCCAACUUGAUCCAACGUGGUUACGAUCACGACGAUCAGCCAACACCAACCUACCAUCCACCUUACCAACCAGGAGUUACUUCAUUCCCCAAUAAAUUUGCAUUGGGUGCCAAGAUUGGUGAUGACAUCUACGUUGCUUUUGAAUUGGAUGAUGGUCAACUUGAAUAUGGACCAAAAAAGUAUACUGUUCCAUGUGUUACUCCAACCCCAAUUGUUGAGCCUUGUGAUACUCCUACUCCAACUCCAACUCCAGAUGAGCCAUGUGAAGAACCAACUCCAGAACCAAUUACCUACCCCCACCACCCUCACCCUCACAAGCCAUGGAAACGUGAUGGAUUUGAUUUUGAUAAUGAUGAUUCAUGGUUGACUUUUGACUCUUCAUAUGGAUACGAUUGGUACACCUUGAAAAAUUCUGUCUUGAGAGAUUCUAAAUACAGAAUUGGAGAAAUUGCUGCUAAUCAUCAAUUACAAUUUGACCUACCAGUUCAACCAGAUGCAUUGUUUUCCUCGGGAUUUUCCAUUGUUCAUGAUGAUGGUUACUGGUUGUUAGCUUUGAAUGGCAAGACUACAUUUUGGGAUUCUCCAGUUAAUGAUAAUGGAAUUUACAAAAUUUACGAUGCACCAAUCAAUCCAAAAUCUAAAAAGAUUGAACUAGUGGUUAUUGUUCUUGUUUAA